AUGGCUCCACCGAAAAAGAAAAAGCGUUUGUCAAAGGCAGAUUGGAAAAAACUUAGAAAGCAAAGAGGAGCGAAAUCGGCGGAAGUUAGGGGACUUGGAGCAGGUAGUCGCAAAAAAUUUACUCUUCCUGCGAAGUGGAGGCAAUUGGUUUUUACAAAUGGCGGACGCAAGCGCGUUGAGUUUGAAAGCCCUGGAAAGACCAUUUAUAAAACACAAAAAGAGGUUGAGAAAACUCUGGUCAAAAGAAAUAUGAAGGAGUGCCUGGAUGACCGCUCAUCUACAGAAGAGUCGAUUCCGCAAGAUGAGUCAAGCGAGUGGGAAUGUGAGCCGGCUGAUGACGAAAAAGGAGUGCAGAAGCUCAGCAAAACUCCCACUUCUGAUGACACCGAAACAAAUAGCCUUGAGCGGAGAUUUUUCGUGUGCGAGUCCACACAACUCAUGGAUUUGGUUCAUCAAGUGAACAAGACAUCACAAUGCUCUACAAAAGACUGCAAUGGUAAGCGGCUAUGUUCUGCGAACUAAAUUUGUUUCGGCUUUUACUUUUUAUUUUUCACACAUGGCUAACAGCAUAGAAACCACAUUGUUCUCCUGGUUUCGUAAUAAAUUAUUUUCCUCUCGUGGUAUGUGUUUGAUAAGUGAAAUGGAAAUGAACAAGUAGAUAUAAAAUAAAAAGUAUUAGACUUACAGUUAUUCUAUUUGUCAGCAACGACUCACCAGUUACUUGUCACAACAAUGACCAGUGAUCUGUGUGUUUUGACAAUAAGUGCUAUUACUUUCAAUUGUGAAAGCCCACUUAAAUUCCUUUUUCUUUUCAACAUAUAUUCUGAAGAGACCAGCUUACAUCAAUUGAUAUCUCUGUUUAUUUUUUAUCCUCGUGGUAGGUAUAUUGGUGGUUACAAAAGUGGAACCAACAGGACUUGGAGGGACACUGAAUGUCACAUUUUUAUGCAAUGGAUGUCAGCUUCGAUCGGUAAACUUCAAUGGGUCUGCACUUGUGGAAGGCUCAAGAAGAACUGUCGUGGGACUUGCACUGGCUGUGGCUUUUUUUAUCACUGGGCAUGGUUAUGCAAAGUUUUCACGAGUCUUGAGGCAGUGCCUAGGGAUUAGUUGUAUUUCCAAUAAUCCCUACUUUGAGGUCAUAAAACUUGUUUAUCCACAUGUGACAGACAUUUUAAAUGGCAUGUGUGAAGAAGAGAAAAACAACAUGAGGGCAUUAAGGAAUGAUCAACUGGGCAGCUGGGAAAAGGCAGUGGUGACUUCCGACGGAGUGUGGCACACACAUGGACAUUUCAGCAAAAAUGGGUCAUUCAUUAUCAAAAAUUAUUUGACUGGCGGAUUGUUGUGGUUUGGUCACAAGUGUAUGCGAGGCAAAGACAAUGUCAUUGAAGAAGAUUUAUUUGAGGGUACCUCAAAAUCUAUGGAAGGAAUCCUUGCAGAGGAAUGCUAUAAGCAGGCAGCAGAUGAAGGCUGCAAAGUGGAAGUUGUCUGGCAAGAUGGUGACUCAAGUGCAGCCAAGGCAAUUGCUCAGCAUCAUUCCAAUGGAAAAGUUUUUCGGUGUGGAGGACACGUAGGCAGGGCCCAUAUCAACCAAUUAAAAGAAGCUGCCAAAAAAAAAGAAUUCUCCACAGAUAUCAAAAGGAAAUAUGAGGCACAGUUUCCCUCAGUGAGAACUCUAAAAUGCAAAUGUGAGAGACAUAAAGCUGGUUGUGGGUGUCUUAGUGACAGUUUUCUUACAACUGCUCGUAUUAAUCAUUUCUGUUGUCUACAGCAAUGCGAUACUCCAGAGGAGUAUGCACGACGGUUGAGAGCAUUAGGAGAGUAUCACUGCCGUGAUAUGCAUGAGUGGGGGAAUGGAGAUACUUGUGGCUUUCACGACAAUACGGUCUGUUCAUGCAAAAACUGUGAAGAGGAUGAAGACAUUGAAUGUGAAGGGCAGCCAUAUAAAACCAAAGUAAAACUUACUUGUGAGUAUCACCGCAUGGCUUACCGUCUGGAAUGUGAGCACAGAGCAGCAGAUGCAAAGAGUGUUAUUCACCCUACCAUGGGCAGGGGACACUCAAACCUUUGUGAAGCCCACUUCACUGUACUGCCUGACUUUAGAGCUAAAGAUCAGAACCUUUGCAGGUAAGAUGCACAUAGAUUUUUUUAAGAAUUUGUAAAAUGAAAAUUGCUGUAUUUCCUAGCAUUAAGUCCCAGUGACUUCUCAUUAACUGUUGAAUUCUCCUUGCAAUCAUAUGUAUACAUGUGUAUUUUGUUGUAAAGUGUGAGAGAAUUUGACACUGGACUAAGAGUCAACUUUGGUUUUAUUCCACCAAAGCCUUCUUCAUUGGAACCUACCACCAAUAAUUUUAGUUGGAGUAAGUUGGCUUGGAUUGGUUUUGAUUAGUCAUUUAUUACUGUCUGGUUAUUGGAGAAAGACUUCACUUAUUUCACAGUAAUAAUGUUUCCUGGUUUUCCUUUUUCUCUAUAUAGAUUUAAUGUUGCUUGCGGUUUUUGUGUCAGUAUUCUUACCAGCUGAUUUGAGACUUCUCUGUUCAGUUGAAUCAAAUAAUGUUUUAAAGUGUUUGAUGUUGUGUGUACAAAACGCUCAAUACUUUGUUUUCAAACAAGUCCUUGUAUUAAUUAUCCCAAUACUUUUCUUUAGGCUGCACUAUGUGACAUCUACAAACUGUGGUUUUUGCCAAGGGAAUAUGUCUUGGUGUUUCAAAGUCCGUGGCAACAGUUACCACUGGAUAAUUGACUUAUAUGAGAGACUACAACUGCCUGUCAUUCCAUCAAUUGUUCAAGCACUUCAAAAGGAAGUUGAAGACCGCAUGAAGGAAAUAGAAAGAGGGAGGACAGCACAGAAAAAGCAGACAAGAAUUAGAAUGAAAGUAGCUAGAGCUGAAGAGCAGGAAGCAAGAAAAAAAUGGGUAAAACGGCAAGCAGUACAGCACACAUAUGGAGAGGAAACAAGUAUGCAAGAGGAAGAUGAAAACCCCAGCUUGGUUUCUGCAACCAGGGAGGCCCUUGGUGGUUCAGCAGAAACUAACAAUGAAGUAACCCUGAUCAGUGGCAAAACCUGCAAGUGUGGCUCCAAUCAACAUCAACGCACCACACACUCAGCCUGUCCUCUAAACAAAAGAAGUAAAAAAUGA